GUGAGUUGGUCUCAGUGUUUUCUGAUUCUUGACCAUGGAAUUUUUUGUGCUGUCUCUACUUUUGUUGGGGACCUUAAUCCUUACAGAGACUUGGGCUGGCUUUCACUCUCUGAAGUACUUCUACACCACUAUGUCCCUGCCCGAGCUAAUCGAACCGAGAUUCACGGCUGUAGUCUAUGUGGACGAUCAGCAGAUUUUGAGCUUCGACAGUGACAGCGCGAGCCAAAGCAUGGAACCCAGGACGCAGUGGAUCAAAGUGGAGCCUCCCGACUACUGGGAGAGGGUGACGCGGAUUUCUAGGGAAGAUUCACAAUGUAACCGAAUGUGCCUGCAGAAAGUAUCCACAAACUACAAUCACAGUGAGGAAGGGCUGUCAGGGAUUCACACAUUCCAGCGACUGUCAGGCUGUGAAGUGUUCUCCAACGGGAGCUUCAGCCAUGGCUUCGUGCAAUUCGCGUACGACGGAUAUGACUACAUAAAGCUGGACACCGAGACUCUGCGCUGGACUGCUUUAGACGUCAGGGCCCUGAACAUUAAGCGCAAGUGGGAUGCAGAUCCAAGCUCUGCGGCAUUUUGGAAGAUCUAUUUGGAGGAGGAGUGCGUGCGCUGGCUUCAAAGACACUUAGAGAAUGGAAAGGAGACCUUACUUCGGACAGACCCGCCCUCUGCUCAAGUGACCCGACACACACGUUCUGACCGGGAGGUAACCCUAAGGUGCCGAGCACAGGACUUUUACCCUGCGGAGAUCUCACUAACUUGGCUGAGGGAUGGAGAAGAACAGCUGCAAGAUACGGAGUUCAUUGAGACCAGACCUGCCGGAGAUGGGACCUUUCAGAAGUGGGCAGCUGUGGAGAUGCUCUCUGGAAGUGAACAUAGAUACACCUGCCAAGUGCAGCAUGAGGGCCUGCCAGAGCCUCUCUUCCUGAAAUGGGAGCCACAGUUCUCAUCUAUAGAACUCUCUGCAGAAGUCAUCAUUGCUCUCCUCCUUCUCACUGCAGCCAUCAUUGCAGUUGUGGUCUGGAGGAAAAAUACUUCAGACAGAAAAAGAGGAAGUUAUACUACAACUUCAAGGAGUGAAAGUGCCCAGGGAUCAGAUGUCUCUCUUACAGCAAGAACCUAAUGGAGCUAUCCGGUGUGGGACAGAGAAACAACCAGAGGCACUUAUUUCUCCAUUUCCUUUCUAUUUCCCUAUUCCUAACUUCUCUCCCUGUAUUGGACUUUGUGAUCAAGCCCAUAUCCCCAAACCUUAUGGUAGGGAGCAUUGGUGCUCUUAUCUUAUUAUUUCCUACCUCUCCUGCUCCUUCCCCCUGAUUUCUCUCUGUACUACAAGAAUUUGGAGGAAAGAAAUUAGAGUGAGGAUAGUGAGAUUAUAGACUUCUCCAUCUUCCCCAUUUGCUGAAAUGAACCCUAAUCUUUUUCCUGAUGUUUGCUUUAUGAGCAGAAAUAUAUACUGAGUAAUUUUCUUGAUACUUUAAUUCCCAUUUCUCCCCCUCCUUCCAUUUCAUGGAAAGACACAUAAUACAUUGUGAUUAUAAGAAAAGGAAAAGAAAAUAAAGAUCUGAAGA